AUAUAUCCCAAGUCUUAGAACUCAAAUCCACCAACAAACCAAAAAGUUAUGAGAAAUGAAUGACAACUAAAAUAGAUUCAUAUUCAGAGAAGCAACGACACGUCAAUGGAGGUUUUCACUGUACCUCUGUUCUUAUCCAGUGUCUUAUUCUUACUGCUCACAAGUUAUGCUGCAGUGGACACCAUAGCUCCAAAUAAGACCAUUGCUGAAGGUGACACUAUAGUUUCAGCAGGUGAUAUGUUCGAAUUUGGAUUCUUUAGCCCCARAAACUCCAAGAAUCGGUAUUUGGGAAUAUGGUACAAGAACAUAUCACCUCAGACGGUUGUAUGGGUUGCAAACUCAGAGAUUCCAGUUACAAAAUCCCCGGGCGUGCUUAGAAUCAAUAGGGAUGGAAUCCUGCAGCUUAUAGAUGCUGGCAGUAAUCUAAUCUGGUCUUCUAGUUACAGAGAACCUAUCCGGAACGUUAAUCCCCUAGCCCGCCUUCUGGAUAAUGGGAAUCUUGUUGUGUGGGAUAACGAUAAAAAUCUAAUCUGGCAAAGUUUUGAUUAUCCUGGUGACACCUUGUUACCAGGAAUGAAAUUUGGAAAG